CUAAUUGCAUGGAACAUAAUUUAACGGACCGGCUAGUGAUCACAUCACUUACCACAGACUCAUCCUGUUCAAAAUCACUGUCGCGUGAUAAGACCCAAUGGCUCGAGGCCGUUCGUCUUCUACCUGGCAGUUGGCAGUUUGGUUUUCGACACGAAGAAUGGAUCAAAUCCCUCAUAUAUUGUAGUUUCUGAACUGAGGUGUACUCCGUUUCUCACCGGCAGUGACAGGUCCAGGAAUGGAGAGGGACAGAGCGUUCAACUUCAAGCUGUUGGUACCGCCUAGGAUAAGCCCGGGACAAGUAUCUGCAGUUAAACCACAGGAAAUUACCGAAGACAGCGGUGCUUUUAUGCAGCCAGUUCAGUCUUUUAAUAAACCCUUUGAAAAGGAGUCAAACAUGCCCUUUCCAGCUGCCAGCAUGGUUGCGCCUUCAAAAUCUACCAGACAAGAUACAGCAAAGAAGAUUGCUGUGAUGCCAAUGGAAAAAGAAGAGCCAACGUUUAGAUCCAGUCAACUGUAUUCAAAGCUGUUUGAGGAGGCCGAGAAAAUAAAAUGUUGGAAGACAAAAAUGGACAUGGAGAUUGUCCAAAAGGAUAGAAAACUGCAGGAUAACAAAAGAACAAUUGAAAACCAACGUAAAGCCAUUCAGGAAUUACAGUUUGGAAAUGAAAGUCUUAGUAUGAAGCUGGAGGAAGAGAUGAGCAAAAAUACGGACCUGAAGAAUAAAAUCAAUUCUACACGAAAUAUGUGUAAUCUGCUAAAAGAAACCUUUGAAAGGUCAGCAGAGAAGAUGCAUUUAUAUGAAUCAGAAAGAGAAGAGACCCAACACCUCUUCAUGCAAAACAGUGAAAACAUUCAGAGGAUGAUCAGCGCAUUUGAGGAGCUUCGUGUUCAAGCAGAGACUGACAGGCACGAUCUGUUAAAAUUGCAAGAGGAACUGAAAGAAUGUGAUCGUAUCAAGGAGAAGUUUCAGACAGAAUUCACGAACAAACAUGAGGAGGUAAUAUCGCUCCACGUGAAACUGAAUGAAAAAGAAAAUGAACUUCAAGACUUACUACGGACACUCCAAGAGGCACGACAGAGUUGCGAUCAAUUACACGAGGCAGCAAAGCAACAUCAGGAAAUGCUUGAAGUAUCAAAGCAAGAACAGGAAGUGCUUUUAGAAAAACUACAGAUAGCAGAACAGGCCAACAAAGAGAGUGAGGAAUAUAGGAAGGGCCUUGAAACAACCUUAACAGAAAAAACUGAGGAAUACACAAAGGCCCUUGUGGAAAAAGACAACAGCUUGGAAGAACUGAAAAAAAUUGGAGAUGAACAGGCUAAAAAACUGCAGGGCAUCCUGGCUACUGCUGAGGAACUACAGGUUACUCUAACAUUUCAGGUGCAGAGGGUGAAAGGACUUGAAGAAGCACUCGGUGCAGUAACUGAGGAAUUAAAGCAGAAAACUAGUGAAUUAGAGAAGUUACAAAUGGAGGAGACAAAGGUUCUGCAGCUCACCAAGCGACUUGAGAGUAAAAAUUCAGAAAUUCAGCAGUUAAUGCAUAGAACGGACAUAUUGUCGGUUGAAAAGAGAUUUGCGGAGGAAGCCCUUGAAACUCUGCAGAAAGAACAAGAGAAUUUGAAGGAAAUUGCUCAAAUGAAAGAGAGUAAGCUGUGUGAGGCUGAGGAGCAGCUGGCUGCUGCUUUAGCGAAUGAAAGAACAUCCACAGAGGAAAUAGAAAGGUUAAAGAGGGAUACUGAACAGCACAAGAAAGAGUACGAGGAGCUGAGGGCAAGCUUCACAGAGCUUCAGCUUCAGAAGGAGGCUCUCUCUCUGCAGGCACAGGGUGCCGCUGCUGAUAUAAGGAAGCUAGAAGCUCAUUUAAAGGAGGGUAAGGAAAGUGAGAAGAAGAUCGCACAGGAAAUGAAGAGAGCAGAGGAGGAAAAACAACAGCUGAGACAUGAGCUGGAAUAUUUGAAGGCCACAGUGGAAGAGCACGGUAGAGAGUCAGAGACUGUGAAUAAGAGACAAGAAGAUAGUAAUAAAAGCCUGCAGAAUGAACUGGCAAAAAAGGAAAAACAAAUAAAAGCGCUUGAAGUGAAGAUGAAUACCUUAAAAACAAAAAUUGAAACUAAGACUAAAGCUCAUGAAGAAUGCCUGAAAGAGAAUAAGAAUUUGAAGAGGCAUGUUGCAACAGAGAAUGACAAGUGCAGUCAAUUUGAAAUGGAGGUGAGUGAGCUGAGAGGGGAGCUGAAAGCCGCUAGCCUGCGCUAUGCUGAGGAGCUGGAGACUCUGCGCCAGGCCGUGGAGACGCAGCGCAGCUCUGGGGCCCAGCUCCAGGAGAAGGUUCACAAGCUACAGCUGACGGCAGCGGAAGCCGCCAAGAGCAAGGAGGAGACAGAAAUGAAGUGUCAGCACAAAAUCUCUGACAUGGUGGCUUUGAUGGACAAGCACAAGAAUCAGUAUGACAAGAUGUUUGAGGAGAAAGAUGCAGAGCUGGAUGAGAAGAGGAAGAGAGAAGUGGAAAUUAAUGCUGCAAAAACCUCCUUGGAGCUGGAGAUGUCAGAACUGAAAAUACACAAUUCAGACUUGAAGAAACAGCUUGAAAAUGAAAUUAAAGAAAAGGAGAACAUGAAACAAGAAGUUGCGUCAUUGAAUAAGAAAAUUAAGACUCUGAAAGAAGACUGUAAGCACAAGAUGCAGCGAACGCUGACCCCUGUGGCAAGCUCCAGGGGGAUCAAGGAUACUGCAAGCUCGAAAGCUUCUUCUGGCAAGUCCAGACGGGCCAUUUUUGACUUCACAAAUGAACAGGAGAAUGAAAGUUGUGAAUCUUUGAGUAUAGAGAGAAAGGUGAUGGUGACACCACAGCUCAAGGUGUCAGAAAGUGGAACCUUAAAAACAUCUUGGAGUUCAGGCAACAAAGCUGUGGUGACACCACGAAUUAAGUCCUACAGAAUACGCACGCCCCCGUCCCCUGGGAAAUCUGUGCUGUUGGGGAGAAGCACCUUGGAGCUGGACCCCAAAUCCGACAGCUCAGAGCCAAAUGACUCACUGAGCUUUUCUGUUCAGUCUGGGCCGUUCAAAAGAAACCUGUAUCCAGGUGGUUGUGGUCCUCUUCGUCAGCUUGGGCACCUGCAGAAGAAGUUUGAGAGCCCGGCCGAGUUCCGGUCCCCAGGCGCGGCUCUGAAGCUGGCCGCGGUUAAGCGGAUGCGGGACGCCGGCUGGACGGCCGUCACCAACUCCGACAAGAGGAAGAAGAAAGUCACUGAGAAGAUCUUUGCGUAGCUUUUCUGUUAACCGGGUUUCGCUUAACCUUUUACCCGAUUGUUUUAAACAGCUGUUUCAGAUUCUGAUGAGGAUAUCCUAACCCAGUGGUUAAAUGGCAGUAAGCACAAUCUGGACUUUUUAAGCAACACACGUUACCGGUACUUUUAUUGGACGAGUUCUGACAUUAAUUUUAUUUGUUCAUUGUUCAUGUUUUAUUUGACUAGCGUUCAUGCUGUAAUUUAAAUCUGACUGUGACAGGGAGGGAGUAAUGAAUUUGACAGGACAGCACACAAUUUAGCAUGCUGAGAACAAAAUGUUGAUUUUAUCUCUAAAAGCAAUGGUUUGUUUAACGUUUAUGAUGAGUAUUGUAUUUAAUAUGAUCCUCAUGUUACUUUUAACAGUUUUCCCAGGAUAUUUAAAUGAAAAAGGAUCUUUUAGGUCUCAUUACACGUUUAAGACUAUGUUCUGUGUGCACACAAAUUAUUUUUGUGCCCUUUUACUAGUUCUUGUUCCUAGAUG